UAUUUUACAAUUGCCAUUUCUCGUAUAUUUUACAAUUACCAUUUCUCCUAUAUUUUACCCUAGUUAUUCUUGUACUAUUUUUGCAUUCAACAUGUCAAAAUCCAAUGACGUUUGUGUAGAUCAUAAAGGGAUAGAAAUGCCCAUAGGGACUCUUCUACAACUUAUCCCAGAUUUCGAUACAAAAAAUAACAACGAUAUAUACAGAUACAUACGGUCGUGUGACGCUGCAUUUAACCUAGCGACUAUAACCCAACAACCGACAGUACUAGUUUUUGCCCUAAAUAAAAUAACUGGUCCUUAUUCUGCAGACGUACAUGCCAAACAAUUUCUUAACUGGGCGGAAUUAAAAACAUUUCUAAUCCAAAAAUUUUCGCAAACGAAAACUCUCGCGCACCUAAACUUAGAACUACAAUCAAUGUUCCAAAAACAUAACGAGUCGAUUACAGAAUACUAUCACAGAGUAGAGCUCUGUAGAAGUAAAAUAAUAGAAAAACUUAACGCGGAAAUCUUAGAUAAUACUUUACUGGGUCGCCUUGCAACUACUGAGGAGACCGCACUAAAUGUCUUUAUAAACGGGAUUAGUUCAGAUAUCGGAACGAUGUUAAGGACUAAAGGGUUUAACAAUCUGUCUGAGUCAGGGCGUUUCGCCUUACAGGAAGAUAAAAUCAGAGCCAUGAAUAACGCUCGUCAAACAUUAUUUAGAACAAACUCCCCACGUCUCUCAAUUGCACCACAUAAGCCCCCGGUCUCUACAAACCUUCCCACUCGACGUCCCAUGACAUAUCCUCCGCAUAGACCACUAAACAAUCAAUUAAACUCAACACACGAAAACACUAAGAUAUGCAAUUAUUGUAAACACCCAGGACACGUCAUAAGCGAAUGUCGCAAACGAACUUACAACAAUAAUCUUAGAAACAAAAACCAACUCGCUCAACCGACACCAUCCACUAAUGUUAAUAAUUUAAACUUGUUGGCGACCAACGAGGUGGGCAACUCGUCGGGAAUCGCUAUCUGCCCAGAGACUUCCGAAUUGAUCGAAAACUUAAACGACCUCCAACUCUAGAAUACCAACGAAACAACAUGUUAAAACAAAGUGCAUCUCUAGAUAAUAAAACAGUCAAUCGGAGACAAUUUAGAGAUGUAUACGUUCAAACUGAAGAACAUACCCAAACAAUUAGUUUUAACGAAACCUACGAACAGGGUAGCCAGCCCCAAACCCUCGGUUUCCCCACAAGAUCUUCUAUAUCCACUGAAUCUUCUAACCCUACUAAUUCUACUAAAUCAAGCACACAUUCUAAAUCAAUUCAAUCAUCCAAACAUAUUACAAAAUCCUUUCCAAACUCUUCAAAGGAAACCUACGAACAGGGUAACCAGCCCCAAACUCUCGGUUUCUCCACAGAAUCUACUAUUUCCACCGAAUCUCCUAACUCUAGUAAACCUACUAAAUCAAACAGAAAUUCUGAACCGAUUCAAUCAUCCAAGCUCGUUACAAAAUUCUCUACAAACACUACUACCUCUACAAAGUUCACUAAAUCCAAAUCGCGUGCCAAAACAAAACUUAAACCGAAACUAAAAUUCAAAAAUCCUAAAUCCGAACUCAAAUCUGUUACCAAAUCAUAUAAUAUAAAAUCCUUAAACAUACCUCCCGAAAACCUAUUACAUUGCAAGUUCCAUGUCGACGGCCAACCACUCAUAUUAUUAAUAGACACAGGAGCAGCCAUCUCUGUUAUACAAAAGAACAAAAUAGGUAAUAACUUAAUCGACUCCUCAAAUAAAGUAUCCAUAAUAGG